AUGACGCCCGACGUCGACCCCCCACUAUCUCAUAACGAGACACGCGACUCCCAACAGACAAGCGCACAAGCCUCUAAAGAGCUACGCCAACAAUGCGUCGAUCUUCUUGGAGAAAUAGACGAGUUUCAAUCCAUGCUCAACAGCACCCUCCGCAAUCCACAAAUCGUGGAGCUGCGCCAGUUCCGAUCAAAUGUGAAUUCGGAAUUCAAGAUGCUGCAAAGACUGGAAGAGCAGAUGGAAGCUUCUAAUGGACCUGAUAGAGGCCAGCGGGAUCCUGAUACCGAGAUGCGAUUUUUGCACGCAUUGCGCUCGUCCAAUUUGCCUUUCUACCAGGCCGUGUGGAGCAUAGCUCGCGGGUCCUGUGCCGGGCUUUUUGCGCUGGGGAAGCGGUUUUACUGGGACCGGAAGGCGUGGCCGCUUGAAGAGAAGAAGGCGCAGAAGGGGGAUGGGUCGUGGGAGAAGAACAAGCAGCCCAAUAAAGAUAAGCGCAAGAGUGUGUUUGUUGAUAUUGUGGCGGAUGACGGCGAAUCGUGGGUGAAGGUUUCAACUAUCUCGGAGAGCCGACUGCUUUUUGACAUGGCGAAGAAAGGCUGGGAGAGAGAUAGUGAUUCUGAUACAUUCUCUGAUGAAGACGGUGAGGGGUCGCCGAAGAGAACUGUCCUACGCAACUUCGAUGGAGAGGACUCGGGAGAAGACUCGGAUGAUGAUGAGCUGGAGCUCAUUAAACUGGCACGCGAUCUAAGGAAAGCGGCCGAUGCUACACGAGUGAGGUACAGACAUCCUCGGCUACGCAUUGUUCUACCAAAAAUUGAGGAGGGAAAUGUUCCUGAAAUCGACGAUGUUCUGAAGGAAAUGCGGAGCUAUGGAAUUAAGGUGGAGUGCCAGGACAGCAUUUCUGCGAAUGCCAGCCAGGAAAAGCUCAGUUCUCUCCUUCCCCAGCCGUUCAGAAACUUCACCACGGCCGUGAAUAUCGACUGCACCCUGCUACUCGCCAUAGUGUCCGAUCUAUCCCACGUAAAAGACAUCGUCAUCUUGCCAAGUUUUCAUAAAGCCAUCGUGCGGCAGAUCGAGGUCGAGAAGGAACAACCACUCCUUCCAACAGAGCUUUGGCCAGCGAUGGGUGCCCGUGAGCUUCUUUGCACCAAGGAAGCCGCAAAGCGAAUGUGCGAGAUCGUUGAGACUAUUGGCACAGCAACGGAGAAAGAACGAAUGUACCUCGUAUUGGGAAAUGCUCCAAACGAUCGGCUUGAUCGCGAGUCACUUAUUCGAAAAUUCCAGAGCUUGUCUGACUGGCAGGUUCCGGCGGAUUGGGCACUACCUAUUAGGAUAGUCGAUGCGCAACCAGCGAUCGAGGCAGCAAAAGCUGAGGGAAAGCUUCCCCCAGUAUCCGACGAAGUCGCGCAAGUCUUGUCGGAUAUAAAUCAUAGCGUGUUCAUGUAUGGAUGGGCAGCUAGCCUGACAACAAUUUCUAGUAAUCGGACGAUCGAUAAACAGAUCGAGGUCACGAUUGAGAAUAGCAGGCAGGUGGAUGAGGAUGAUGUCGAAGGUCCCCAGGUUUGGAUUUGCGAUACUGCUCGCAGUUUGGUGGGGAAAGAUAAAGGCCGCAAAUGA